AUGUCGACCGGCCAGCCAUCAUACCAGCUCUCGGAGUACCUGGAGAAGCUGCCGGGUACGACACUUCGAAAGCUGUACCAGGAGCCCUCGACCGCAUUCGCCAUCUUCCGGCGUAUGUUGCCGCCGCUGGCGAAAGUGUUCGUGCAAGCACUGCUCUACAUGCCCUCGCCGCUACCACUCUCCGAGCUCGAUGUCUGGGUCCGUAACGAGGCGAAGAUGCACCGCGACCGCGCUCUGAGCAUUCUGAGGUCGUUAUACAUAGUUCAGAUAACACCUUCCGGUAAAGAUCGGCCGCAGGAUAUGCAGCUCACGACAAACUUCAAAAACAGCUUACGCCUGGCCCUCGAAGGGGGAGGUUCACACAAUAGUUUCGGCGUGCCCAGCACCCUGCCCGUCGACCCCCGGAUUGACGUUGCCUACCUCGACAAUUAUGCACGGAAGAAGUGGGAGGAUAUUUUGCACUACGUCGUCAGCAGCGUGCCCGCAGUUCCAGGGAGUGGAGGUGGUAGUGGCGGAGGUGCUGGUCCCAAAACCAGCGUCAAGAACCUCCUGUCCAUCGGCCGACUAGUCGAGCGCCGACACGACACCCACUCCGGCGUAGGCAUCACACAAGCCGGCUUCACCUUCUUACUCCAAGAAGCCAACGCCCAAGUCUGGACACUCCUCCUCCUCUGGCUCGAAGCCGCAGACCCCGCCAAAGCCGACGGCGGCGGCGGUGCCAAAGGCGCCAACAACAAAAACGACAGCAUCGACAUGCUCUCCUUCCUCUUCAUGCUCGCCUCCCUCGAACUCGGCCGCGCCUACGACACCGACGCACUCACCGAAACCCGCCGCAACAUGCUCCCCUCCCUCGUCGACUUCGGCCUCAUCUACAUCCCCCGCGAAGACACUCGCCAAUACUUCCCCACCCGCCUCGCAACCACCCUCACCAGCUCCGCCUCCGCCCUCCGCUCCGUCUCCUCAGGCUUCGCAGCCGCAACCGCCAACAACCCCAACGACGCCUCCAGCAUCGGCACGACCCCGGACACCUCGGCCGCCUCCAAAGGCACCGUCAUCAUCGAAACCAAUUACCGCCUCUACGCCUACACCUCCUCCCCCCUCCAACUCGCCGUGCUCGCCCUCUUCACCCAACUCAACAUGCGCUUCGCGGGAAUGGCCACCGGCCGCCUCACGCGCGACUCCAUCCGCCGCGCCAUCGACUUCGGCAUCACAGCCGACCAAAUCAUCAGCUACCUCGCGUCCCACGCCCACGAGCAAAUGGUGCGGGCCGCAGCCGCCGCAGGCCGCCCUGUGCUCCCACCCACAGUAGUCGACCAGAUCCGGCUGUGGCAGCUCGAGAACGAGCGGAUGCGGACAUCGGCGGGGUUCCUAUUCAAGGAUUUUGACUCGCUGGAGGAAUAUGUUUCGCUGAGCGCACACGCUGAGGAGAUUGGCGUGUUAGUGUGGAAGAACGACAAGAAACGUAUGUUUUACGCGAGCAAGAUAGAACAGCUCCGUGAAUAUCUUAAGACUAGGAAGAGAGCGGACUAA